GAUUCUGUUUUAGUUUUAUUUAUUUAUUAAUGUCUGUUCAUAUGUUGAACACAUAUGAAACUUAACAAAACUGGUUUCGAUCAACGCAGUGUAGCAUUUUUUGGUACAAUCUACCAAUUGCUCGAGCUAUCAAAUCAGUCUAGGAAAAUUUCCAUCGCGAAAACAGAUUUUUCGAUGACUUGUGUCUGUAUGCAGCGUAGCAGUGACAAGUGAUUAAUAUUUGAAAACAACUUGACGAUACAAUAAAUAUCCCAUAUAAAUAUUGGCUGUGUGACGGUUGCGAUAUGUUGGGAACCUUCAAUUUUUGAGGGCACCAUCUCUACAGUAAAUUAAUAUAUUGCAUCGUUAUAAGUUGCUCUAUCGUUUCGGUGUCAAGUCAAGUGUAAAAAUGAGUGAAAAAGUUAAAGUUUUUUAUGAGAAAUUACCAAAAUUAAUUGACGAUGUUAUUGCUCCGAUGGGACGAUUUCAGUACGCUAUUGCAUUUAUGCUUUGCUUCAAUUCCGUUAUCGUUGCAAAGGAAACUGUCGUCACAACAUUUUAUUCGUAUCAACCAAACUUCUCAUGCAAAAAUCUUAAAGCAAAUCAAUGUAGUCCCAAUGGAACAUGUACCGAUGGUUACGAUUUCGACGACAAAGAUCAUACAGUUGUGUCUGAAUGGUCACUGAUAUGUAAUCGGGAGUAUCUGGUUCCAAUAAUUAGCACCUUGUAUUUUUCCGGAAUGGCCAUUGGCUCAUUCGUCUGUGGACUAAUUUCAGAUAGAUUCGGUCGAAAACCAACAUUGUUGCUUUGUUUGUAUGCGCAAGGUGUUAUUGGACUGUCUCUGAGUAUCGUUUACGACAUUAACUGGUUCAUUGCAUUGCGAUUUCUUCAAGGCUUCUUUGUGCAAGGAUUGCUAACCUCUAUUUACGUUCUUUUGAUGGAGUACUGUUCCCCUACUAAACGGACAAUAGCUGGAAUGUCCUUCGAGAUUAUGUGGGCUGUGGGUUUGAUAUACUUAGGUGGAGUGGCGUAUGCUGUUCGAGAUUGGCGAGAUUUACAACUCGUUUUGGCUAUACCAACUAUUGUUGCUGUUACUUGGACAUGGCUCAUUCCAGAAUCGAUGCAAUGGUUGUGCACAAAUGAUCGAAAAGCUGAUGCGUUUAAAGUGUGUGUACAAACGGCUAAAUAUAACGGAAACUACAGUAGCAUUGAAGUCGAACAUAGAUAUUGGUUAGAGAACAUAGAGAAGGAGCCGGUAGUGUGCAAUAGUAAUUCGACUGAAAAUAACACGUAUAGCGCCAAGGAGAUUUUACGUGACAUAUUCACCACUCGUUGUUUGAAAAAACACAUAUUCAUAAUGGCUAGUACAUGGUUCAUUGUAUCAAUGUGUUAUUAUGGAAUUCUACUUUUCAUUCCAUCAAUGCCUGGGGAUCGUCAUAUAAAUUUCAUUAUUGGAGGACUCUUUGAAAUGUUCACAUCUACAAGUAUGUAUUUCGCACUGGCUAAAUUUGGACGGACAAAAACAACAAUGGUCUGCCUUUGUUUAAAUGGAAUACUCCUCGUAGUAAUCGGAGUUUGUAGUAGCUACGGAGCAGUUGCGGUAAUUCAGAUAACUACUGCAGUGCUCUCACGUGGAAUAGCUUCCGCUCUCAUUUACGUAAAUUUUGUACAAGGAAAUGAGUUAUUUCCGACAAUAACUCGUGGUUGUGCCUCUGGGAUAUGUGGUUUAUUGGGCAAAUUUGGAACUGUUUUAGCACCAUUUGUGUUGCCAUUGGCGAAACACGUAUCACCUAUACUUCCAAUGGCAAUUCUUGGAAUACUGUCCAUACUUAGCGGCUUAGCGCAGUAUUUCCUGCCAGAAACAUUAAAUAUUCAAACUCCCAAUUCGGUUGCUGAUGCACAGAAAAUUUGGGAGUAGGCAAAUUAGUUUCCGUAACUACAGUAACUAAUGAUACUGUUUGCCUACUUGACUGAGUGUAUGAGAUCUCGUUAAACGUAAUAUUUUGCUUUUGUGGAAAAUGUUAAGAGUGUUAUGUGAUAAAUUUAACUUGAUUUAUACUUC